UUGCAUCUACAUUUCCUCCCCUCCUUCCUCCAAGAUCUCCCUCUCCCUCCCUCUCAUCCUCUUGUUAGAGCUGCUGAAUUAUUUAACAUCAGACAGUGAGCUCAGCUGCUGAGCCAGAAGGAGAUGGAGAACGAGAGCUAGAGAGGAGAGGAAAAGAUGGAGAGAGAAGGGGAAGUAUGGAGGUGUCCGACGCUGCAGGAAGUCGUGAGUCAGCAGGGAGAGAAAGAACCAGUGGGAGGGAAGACGGAGAGAGUUUAUAGAUAGCUUUAGGUGAUACGACUGGAGAGAGUGGCGUCAAAUGCCUCCUGGCGUGUUUGUGUGUGCAUGCGCGUAUCGAUUGAGCAGAGAAGGUCAUGGAGCCGAGAGGAGAUUAGCAAAACCAGACUCGCAGCCAGGGGUACACGGCGUCAGAGCUAACGCCUCCUCUGAAUAGAAGCUAGACAGAAAAAGGAGAGCCAAAAAAAAGAGAAAAAGAAAGGUGAAGGACAAGAGGAGCUGUUACAGUAUGGGGGAGAGCUAUAUGUACCAACGACUCCCCUACACCAGAGGAGAGGAGGAGGGAGAGGAUGAGGACGAAGAGGAGAGAGACAGGAGGAUCAGGGAAAGAGUUGUCGGGGGACAAAUGAUGCAGUGUGAGGAGGGGACAGAGUGGCUGCUGGAGUUGCUGACAGAUGUUCAGCUGCAGCAGUACUUCCUGCGGAUCCGCGAUGAGCUCAACGUCACUCGACUCUCCCACUUCGACUAUGUCAAAAAUGAAGACCUGGAGAAGAUUGGAAUGGGUCGCCCAGGUCAAAGAAGGCUGUGGGAAGCUGUCAAGAGGAGAAGAGCCCUUUAUAAGCGCAAGUCCUGGAUGAGCAAGGUGUUUCCAGUGAAACGAUCUGACGCCGACCCCCAGCAGCCCCUCCCUCAGGGGGCGUCAUCCAGCCAGGCCCCGGCCAACAGCGAGUCGGGAGCCUCCCUUACCUGCCUGAUCAGAGAGUCGGAGCUGCAGCUGUUUGAACGGCUGGGGGACGGCACAUUCGGAGUGGUGCGGAGAGGAGAGUGGACUGGUCCCAAUGGCAGAGUGUUAUCAGUGGCAGUGAAGUGUCUUAAAGCAGGCGUGUUAGACUCAGACGGUCUGGAUGAUUUCAUCAGAGAGGUGAAUGCCAUGCAUUCACUGAGCCACCAGAACCUCAUCCGGCUGUAUGGCAUCGUCCUCACACAGCCCAUGAAGAUGGUGACUGAGCUGGCCCCUCUGGGCUCCCUGCUGGAUCGUCUCAGAAAGCGUCAGGGUCACAUCCUCAUCUCCUCUCUAUGUAACUACGCCGUACAGGUGGCGUGUGGCAUGGCCUACCUGGAGCAGAGGCGUUUCCUCCACAGAGACCUGGCUGCCCGGAACGUUCUCCUGUCCACCAAUGAAACGGUGAAGAUCGGAGACUUUGGCCUGAUGAGGGCGCUGCCGACACACACUGACCAAUACAUUAUGGAGGAGGGUCACAAAAUCCCCUUCCCGUGGUGUGCUCCAGAGUCUCUGAAGUCUCGUACUUUCUCCCAUGCAUCUGAUACCUGGAUGUUUGGGGUCACUCUGUGGGAGAUGUUCACCCACGGACAGGAGCCGUGGCUGGGCCUUAAUGGGAGCCAGAUCCUCCACAAAGUGGAUGUGGAGGCAGAGAGGCUGUGUAAACCAGACGACUGUCCCCAGGAUGUCUACAACGUCAUGCUACAGUGCUGGAGCCCCAAACCUGAAGACAGACCAACCUUCAUCGCCCUCAGAGACUUCCUGCUUGAGACAAUGCCCACGGACAUGAGAGCCCUGCAGGACUUUGAGGAGGAAGACAAGCUCCAGAUUAAAAUGAACGAUGUCAUCACCAUCAUAGAGGGAAGAGCAGAGCAUUACUGGUGGAGAGGUCAGAACAGAGGGACACUGCGUGUCGGUCAGUUUCCUCGUCACGUGGUGACGUCAGUUGCUGGUCUGUCCGCCCACGACAUCAGCCGACCGCUCAAACACUCAUUCAUCCACACUGGACACGGAGACACAGACCCUCACAGGAGCUGGGGGCAUGCAGAUCGCAUAGACAGUCUAUAUUUGGGGAACCCCAUGGACCCCCCUGAUGUUCUUGGAAUGGAAUCAGGCAUAGCAAGGCCGACCAAACUCCCCAACCGCGCCAAGAAGCAACCUCCCCCUCGUCCACCUCAGCCUGCUGUUCUGCUGAAGAAGCCAUUCUACGACUUGGUGAUGGAUGAUUACGACGACGAUGACGACACCAGUGCCGCCUCUGGGCUGAAGAGGCUGGGAGCGUCCCUGGGCCUGAAGCUCCGGCCGUGGGAAGGGUCCGGGGUUCGCUCGGCCAAAAGUGAGGUGUCGCUCAUCGACUUCACCGAUGACAGCUUCAGCUCAACCACGCCCUCGCCGCUCACUGAGACACAGCAGCCAGAUGAGGACACAUUGAAGGACACUCCCUCCAUCCUGGACUGGCCUCUCCCUCAGCCAUCUUACGACGAGGUUACUACGGAGCUCGAGGACCAAUCAGAGGACCAGGAGGUGCGAUCUAUCAACAAGGGACUAACAGAAGAGACCACGAUCACACCUGGUGGUGCUAUUGCAGGCAGGAGCGAGUCACAGUCAGCUGACCUCUUCCAAGAACUACAGAGAGAGGUGAUGGUGAAGCUGCAGGUUCCCAUGGCAACAGGCCGAUCCCUACCCUCCUCCCCCCUUCCAAUGCCUCUGGCUCCUUUGGGUCCCCACCGACAGAUCUGCCUGCCUCCUCCCUCCCCCUCUUCUACCUCCACCUCCUCCUUCACCUCCUGCUUUGAGGAUCGCCCAGUGCUGCCUCCUCGCAGCCCCGUCCCCCCCCUGCGUCCCUCCAAAUACAACCUCUCCUCUCGCGCCACCCAACCGCAGGCCCGCUCCAGCUCUAUAUCCCUGGGGGACGAGGAAGACACACCUCCCCAGAUCCCACCCAGAGACCACGCCUUUUCUCAGCCGGGCUCCCGCUCCUCCUCUCCCCUUCCACUGGUGCCGCCGCUGUCCUCCUCGCCUGUGGUUCUGCCUCCUCCUCCACUCUCCGUUUCGCCACGCCGGGCUUCUGGACUCCUUGGUCCCCUCCUGUCCUCCAAUUCUACUUCCUCCUCUUCUCCGCCUCAAGCCACAUCCCAUCAUACACGCCUUGCGGCUCCUGGCCCAUCCACCUACUCCUCCACCUCCCUACUGGAUCCUCUCACCUUUCGUGAGGGACGUGGUCUGUCCUCGUUGAUUGACAGCUCCCAAAGCUCUUCUCCCACCCCACUGCCAGAGAGACCAGCUUUUCUGGAGAGAUAUGGGGCGGCCAACAUGGCAGCAGUCAAACCCAUGAUGCAGCAGCAGCCUGGUGGAGCCAAACCCAAUUCCUCCUACAAUAACAACAACGGACGAGCUGCAGCUCCCAACAUGCAACAGAAGCACAGCAUCACACAGGUGCAAAAAGCAGUACAUGGUGUUACACUGGAGGAGUGUCAGGCAGCUCUCCAGAGUCACAAUUGGAUCAUCCCUCAGGCCAUAAACCAUUUGAAGGUGGAGCAGCUGUUUCGGUUGGGGCUGCGAUCCAGAGCCGAGUGUGAGGAGCUUCUGCAGCGCUGCCAGUGGAACCUGGAACAAGCCAGCAGCAUCAUGCUGGACACUUAUGGACCACAUAGAAAUAGUAAGUGACAGCAGGAGGACACACUGAGCAGCAAUCAACUGCUGACAAGCCCCCAAUGUUGUUUGGAUCAACACAACAAUACUGAACUGCUUGGAUGACUCAUCGCUCCAAGGACUCAAGACAUAGUGAUGCUUUUAAUGAAUGGAGGAAAAUAAGGCAGUAUAUGUGCCUCUCUUUAUGUACUGUGAAUACCUGCUACUACCUGUGUCAUACACAUGCAUGCUCAUUAUUAGCUAACAGAGCAGCUUGUUGAAUGAGUCACACAAUUUACUUGAACCGUUGCUAUUUAUGUUUUUUUAAAUAACAUGAAUAAUGAGAAUUUAUGUUUCUGCUGAUAGCUACUGCAAACCUUUAGUGGAUGUGAGUUUUGCGUCUGCUGUGAAUGCGUGCAUGUUCAGGUGCGUGUAUGUGUAUGUGCAAGCAUAAGCGUAGACUUCUUUACUAACACUGUAAAUGCCCAUGCCUUUUGCUGUUAACAAAAUGAUAUAAAAUCAGGGAAAUGUCAGCUAAUCAUAUAGUCAUACUUGUAUGUUUUUGUGAAAAUGUACAGAUAAGAUGCCGUAUUGUUUAUGGCACUUUACUGAGUGUGUCGACACAAGUGGAUAUUUUUGCAGACUUGUUUACUGCUGGUCAGAAGAGGAUAAACAAUUUAUCUAGCUAUUGCAAUGAAUGAGACUACUGAUAGCAUAUCGAGUAUUUUAAAUGUAUCAUUUGCGUCUUAAAGCCUUCUAGGCUUUAUAUAAAUGUGAAUCACGGAUCAUGGGAGGAUGGGAGGACUGAUAUAUAUAUAUAUAUAUAUAUAUAUAUAUAUCUUAUUGUAGGUAUUAAGAUGCCAAAAUGGCAAUCUGAUAAUAUCUACCAUCAUGAAUACAGGGUAUUAGGCACUGAGUUAAAUUUCUGCAAAUUAGAUAUUUAAUGCAACUUCAAACUGAUGUUUAGUGUUUCUUCUGAUGAAAAUGACUGCUGUAUGAUAAUCAUAAACAUAUGCCGAAGAGCUUAAUCGUCACUCACCUGAAUAAGUAGACAACUGCUGUGUGUGAGUAUGUGCAUGUGUGCUUACCGCUGCAGGUAGGUGUUCUUGAAGAUAGAGGCUGAUCUCAAGUGUGAUAAUUCAUGAGGAAUUAUCAGCAGCUAUACUCAUUUCUUGCAGCUUUUACUGUUUAGAGAAUCCAAUUAGAAAAGUAAAAAAAAUUCAGAACACACACUGUGGCAGAUAUAAUUCUUACUCAUGUCUCUGUGUGUCUGUGUGCACGCUUGCAUAUGUUUGAGAUGUGUCUUACUCAGUGGCUCAGCCGGAAGCUUUUUUAGUGACACUGUUUUCUGUGACAUUGACUGCAGUAUACUGUAUAAUUAGAGCAGAUUAUAAAUGUAAAAUGCAAAUAUGGUUCUCCACUGUUUUAUAAUAAAUUUAAAUUUGAGUCUUUCUCUUUUCAGAA